AUGGCGGGCGACGAAGGAGAAGGAACGUCGUUAGAGUUUACACCGACAUGGGUUGUAGCCGCCGUCUGUACCGUCAUCGUCGGCGUCUCCCUCGCCGUCGAACGGCUACUACACCACGUCGGCAAGAAAUUGCAAAAGGAAGGCAAAAAGCCGCUCUUUGAAGCUCUGCAAAAGGUCAAGGAAGAGUUGAUGUUGUUGGGGUUCGUUUCACUACUCUUAUCUGUUUGCCAAGCUAGAAUCAUCAAGAUUUGUGUGAACGAGAAUACUAUGGAACACUUUCUUCCUUGCUCGUUAAACGUAAAACAAGACUCGACAGAUCCUAAGUCACCUACUCUUCGCAAUUUGCUCGAAGACAAAGAAACAUCAGUGGGUUAUUGUGCUCUCAAGAACAAGGUCCCAUUGUUAUCAUACGAGGCGCUGCAUCAUCUACACAUCUUUAUUUUCAUACUAGCUAUCGUGCACCUAACCUUUUCUGUUCUCACCGUUGUAUUUGGAGGCAUGAAGAUCAGCCGAUGGAAGCAUUGGGAAACGUCUAUCAGAGAAAAUAAUUUUGACCCUUCAAAAGAUCUUGAACCAGAAUUCACCCAUGUUAGAGAUCAUGAUUUCAUCAAGAACCGCUUCUUGGGUCUUGGCAAACGUUCGGCGAUUUUAGGUUGGCUGCAUUCUUUCUGCAAGCAAUUCUAUGGAUCAGUCACCAAAACAGAUUAUGCAGCUCUACGAUUGGGAUUUAUUACGACACAUUGCAGGGGAAACCCGAAGUUUAAUUUUCACAAGUAUAUGGUACGGGCCCUCGAAGACGAUUUCAAGAAAGUCGUCGGUAUCAGUUGGUACUUGUGGAUAUUUGUGAUCGUAUUCUUGUUGCUGAAUAUAUACGGUUGGCAUACGUAUUUCUGGAUAGCUUUUAUUCCCUUAAUCUUGCUAUUUUUCGUGGGAACGAAACUUGAACACAUAAUCAUUCAAUUGGCUCAUGAAGUUGCGGAGAAGCACGUAGCCAUAGAAGGCGAAGUGGCGGUAAAACCUUCGGACGACCACUUUUGGUUUCGUCGGCCAAGGAUCAUUCUUCUACUAAUACAUUUUAUCCUCUUCCAAAACGCUUUUGAGAUCGCGUUUUUCUUCUGGAUAUUGGUUCAAUUUGGCCUCGACUCGUGCAUAAUGGGAAAAUUGCGUUACAUGAUUCCGAGACUCGUUAUUGGGGUGUUUAUUCAAGUUUUGUGUAGUUACAGUACUCUACCGCUUUACGCGCUUGUCACACAGAUGGGAAGUCAUUUCAAGAAGUCGAUAUUUGAAGAGCGUAUACAAACAAGUCUUACUAGUUGGGCUCAGAAAGCCAAAAGAAAGAAGGCUCUAAACGUCACGACCAAUGGUUCUAGCCAAGAUGGCCCUGACGGUGGUGGUGGUGGUGGUUCAAGCGGUGUUGGGAACGAUGGUGUUGAGCUACAAAGCAUUCACAUUAUUAAUGAUCCACCACAAUCUACGAAUCGGUGA